UUCACGCGAUUGAUCAAAAUGGCGGGCCUCCGUUUGGUCGCUGAGAAGAUGUGGGAAAAGUGAAGUGAAUCUUUAACUCCACGGGUUUCAUUAUUUAGGUGGUCCACUCAGCUAAGAGUUUGAGCGCAAUACAACUAUUGGGAUUUUUUGGGUUGUUUUUAAGUGGUGAAAUGGACGUUCAGAGGAUGACUCUUUUUCUUCCCAAACCCCAAAUAGCACUUUGUCCAAAGGAGAAGUGUCCUACUUUCAGAUCCCCUUUCAAGCACAUUAUUCGAAUGGCUCUAUCUUCAAUAGAUGAGACUUCAGAAUCUGGUGCCUUUACCAGAACUCCUUCAGCUUUCCGUAGUGUCAUAUCACGGGAUCCAAAUGCCCCUUUCCCAGCAGAGUCUGGAAGGUAUCAUCUUUAUAUAUCAUAUGCAUGUCCCUGGGCAUGCAGGUGCCUUUCAUACUUGAAGAUCAAAGGACUUGACAACGUCAUUGCUUUCACGGCAGUCAAAUCCAAAUGGGAAAGAACAAAGGACGGUGAUGAGCAUAUGGGAUGGGCUUUUCCUGCUUCAGAAACUGAAGAACCAGGAGCUGAGCCCGACCCCUUGUAUGGAGCAAGAAGUAUACGGCAACUUUAUGAACUGGCCAGCGCAAACUACACUGGAAAAUAUUCUGUUCCAGUUCUAUGGGAUAAGAAACUCAAAACAAUCGUAAAUAACGAAAGUUCAGAGAUAAUCCGCAUGCUUAAUUCUGAAUUCAAUGAUAUGGCAGAGAAUGCAGCUCUGGACCUUUAUCCUCCUCACUUGCAGCCCAAGAUUGAUGAGAUUAAUGAAUGGAUAUAUGACAGGAUAAACAAUGGGGUUUAUAAAUGUGGUUUUGCUAAGAAGCAAGGGCCUUACAAUGAGGCUGUAGGAAAACUAUAUGAAGCUUUAGAUAGAUGUGAGGAGAUACUGAGCAAGCAACGAUACAUAUGUGGGAACUUGCUGUCCGAGGCUGAUAUAAGGUUGUUUGUCACUCUCAUAAGAUUUGAUGAGGUUUAUGCGGUUCACUUCAAAUGCAACAAGAAACUGAUACGGGAAUAUCAGAAUCUGUUGAAUUACAGCAAAGACAUUUUCCAAAUCCCAGGCAUGAGCAGCACAGUGAACAUGGAUCACAUCAAGCGCAACUACUAUGGAAGCCAUCCUUCCAUCGAUCCACUUGGCAUCAUCCCCAUCGGCUCUCAUCUAGACUACUCCUCUCCCCAUGAUAGAGCUAAGUUUUCUAUUUAGAAUCCACUCUUCUUCCUGCAUAACUGAAGUUUUCUGCUUCUCUGGUUUCUGGUUUUAACAUGCUUUGGUACGCAUUAUCUCGUCUUUUUACCCGACGCUGGUUGUUGUGGUGCAGUCAAUAUCCCGAGGUUUGGAUCCCCAUGGUUUAUAAAAAUAAAAAUAAAAAUAAAAUUAUGCA